AUGACUCGAAUCAGCGAAUGGCGCGGGCUCCCCGUCUCCCUUAAUGAACUGUGCCUGGCAACCACCCUUCGCUGCGGGCAGUCCUUUCGCUGGCGACAAUGCGACGACCAGACCUGGGCCUGUACACUUCGUGGUCGCAUUGUCCAACUUUCCCAACCCGACAAAUUGCACAUCCAGUAUCGCUCGAUAUGGCCCGCAUCUGCGACCGCUACACCGUCCUUUGAGGCGCCUCUGACGCCACCCUCGUCCGUCCCACCGACCACCGUCUCAGACGAGGACUGCAACAGUGCCGCAACUGAGGGCGAUGACGAUACGAGAUGCCUGAUCCAGCACUACCUCAACCUGGAGCCGAAUCUCGAAGCCCUUUACGCCCAAUGGUCUGCGUCAGACGCCAACUUUCGCAAGAAGGCGCCCAAAUUUACGGGGGUGAGGAUACUGCGGCAGGAUGCAUGGGAGGCCUUGAUGGUGGACAAGCUGUGCACCCACUACGGAACCUACAUUGGCACGCUGGAGGGUCGACCAUACCACGACUUCCCAGCGCCAAAAUCGUUGACGGGCAAGAACGUCGAGAGCCACUUGAGGGAGCUGGGGUUCGGCUACCGUGCAAAAUACAUAUAUCAGACCGCGAAAAUGAUCGCCGAGGAUCGAGAAUCCGGCUGGCUCGACACUCUUCGCAACCCCGAGUCUCCUGCAUACCGCACCACCAAGCCGUUCCCUGCCGGCGAAAUGAAACCUGAAGGUCGUGACGGCUAUCGUGCCGCACAUGAGAAACUCCUCGAGUUACAAGGCGUGGGCCCUAAAGUGGCCGAUUGUAUUGCGCAGAGAGACUACAAGUUGGGAAAGGGGAGGAAUAGUAGUAUGACCAAGGGGACAUACGAUGCGGUGGCGAACCAUUUUCGGAAGAUAUGGGGUAAGGAAGCAGGGUGGGCGCAUAGCGUGUUGUUCACGGCAGACUUGAGGACGUUUGCUGAGAAACUCACAACCAAGGUGGAAGUCAAAGUCGAGAAAGGGGAAGGAGAGGAAGGGGAAAAGGGAAGUGAAGGGCAGUCGAAGGUUGUAAGGAAAAGGACUGCACAACGAGUAUCCCUUAAGCGGGGGCCUGAGCAAGACGGGUUCAAGACCGAAAUGAAGGUUGAAGAAGAGGUAACGACAACUUUAAGUGAAAGGGUCAAGCGGCGACGACGGUGUCGAGAUGUCGAAACACGGGUGUUGAUCACGGACUACCCAAUGGGGACCGUGACCAAGGAUGUUUCAGUGGCACGUGUGAACGUGAGCGCGUGUGCAAAGCACCAGCGCAAGAUGGCUCGGCGCUCGGAAUACUCAUCCAAGUCCGACGGCUUCGAAGCAUGGGGUUCCCUGGCUGAUGACGACUUGUGUUCCAACAACCGAAGUGUACAGUCCCUGAUUUUUGCUACACUCUGGUUCUUCUCGCACAUUGUCCGUUUCGAUCGUUUGAUGCUAUCGAUUGAUCGCGCACGAGAGGAGAUGGAAACGUUGCUCAAUGUCACUCUGCACGGAGGACGGAAUCAAGCUGAAGCACAGGUCAAAUCAAAUCGUGGCUUAUGA